AUGAAUCGAGACUUGAGAGCAAUGUUUGGAUCCAUGUAUGCGACGACUUCUUCAGCUGUGGUGUCAUCGCAAGCGUACGAACCCAUGGAAGCCAUGGAUAGGACUACUCGUGAGGAAUAUUCAACGGACGGAACACUUCUGCGGAAAGUGUCAGAACUGGCGCCGAAGUAUCGCUCAGUUUUCGGGCAAAGGUUUCCCGUCUUUAAUGUGAUUCAAUCGAAAGUCUUCGACGACGUCUUGUCGUCAAACAAAUCCAUUACCAUCUCAGCGCCGACCGGUUCCGGAAAGACUGUUGUCUUUGAAAUGGCAAUCAUUAAAGAGUUGAUGGAUUUGGAGGCAAACGGGUGUCCAAUGAGUGAUCUGAAGACCGUAUAUAUGGCUCCACUGAAGAAACUAUGCGACGAAAAGUACACUGAAUUGAAGCGCUCUUUCGAGAGGUUUGGACUGAACUGUCUUCAGCUGACGGGUGACAGCGAUAUCCAGGACUACGAGAAGCUCCGGGACGUGAAUAUAGUGGUGACGACACCCGAGAAAUGGGAUUAUAUGUUGAGAAACAACGAACAAAGCUCUUUGAUUCGUGGCAUUCAACUCAUGCUUAUCGAUGAGAUCCACUCAAUCAAUGACGAGACCAGGGGUGCCACCAUUGAGGCCGUCAUCAGUCGUAUGAAGACAUUGCGAUCGGUUAUGUUGGCCAACAGUUCCGGUCCACAGUUGCGGUUCAUAGCGGCGUCGGCCACCGCUCCCAAUGUGGACGACAUCUCCCAGUGGUUGGACCCCAACAACGCUGUCGGCUAUAACCUGUCGGAAACACUACGUCCGGUGCGACUGCAGAAGAUUGUGAUGGGAUAUCAGUGCCAAAAAAGUUGGACUGACUUCCGGUUUGACAUUCAGUUGACUUACAAAUUGGAUUCACUUAUAAGGGGUUAUUCGGAAUCAAAACCCACUCUAAUAUUCUGUUCGACCCGUAAGUCAGUGGUAAUGACGGCUCAGACCCUCUGCAAGUCAUCCAUGAAUUUGUUUAAUUCAUACGAACAACGAAUGUCUUUAACCAAAAAAGUCAAUUCAGUGAAGGCUUCCGAUCUGAAGGCGUGCCUCCAAAAGGGCGUUGGAUUCCAUCACUCGGGUCUGGACAGAGCGGACAGAGCGGCAGUGGAAGGCCUAUUCCUUGAGUGUCUCAUCCCAGUGCUCAUAUCGACCACCACUCUGGCAAUGGGAGUCAAUCUACCGGCGCAUUUGGUUAUCGUUAAGAAUACCACUCAAUACACACCGAACGGGUGUCACGACUACCCGGAGACACAAAUCCUGCAAAUGAUAGGUCGGGCGGGAAGACCGCAGUUCGAUAGGAAUGCCUUCGCUAUCAUUAUGACCAAAGAGGAGACUAAAGCCAAAUACGAGAGACUUCUGACGGGAACGCAAAUCAUUGAAAGCAAUUUACACAAGAAUUUGGUCGAACACCUGAACGCUGAGAUAGCGCUCAGAACUGUCACAUCCAUUGACAUCGCUAUCAAUUGGAUUCAAUCCACGUUUCUCUACAUCCGAGUCAUGCAGAACCCCUCCUAUUAUGGCAGUACUGUCCAGAUGUCUAACACCGAACAGUGCCUUCAGAUGGUCCGCAACUGGUGUCGCAAAGAGUUGACUGGACUUCGAGAGUCAGAUAUGAUCUCAAGUGAUGCAGAGUUCACUCAAAUCUCAUCCACGCCUUUGGGUCGACUGAUGGCAAAGCAUUCGAUUUCGUUGCAGACAAUGAAGAAGUUCUGCGAAAUAACCUCGAAAGAGAUGUCACUCAAGGAUGUGAUCGAAGAGAUCACUACUUGCCUUGAAAUCAGACAAGAGAUCCAACUCAGAGUGAAUGAGAAGUCAAUUCUGAACGAAAUGAACAAAAGCGCGAAUCAGACGACCAUUAGAUUCCCGAUUAGCGGCAAAAUAAAGAGCGCCGAACUGAAAACCAAUUGCUUAAUUCAGGCCACCUUUGGAUUGAUGUCAAUACAGGACACGACUCUCAUUCAGGAUUCACUCAAAAUCAUGAGAACCGGUCAGCGACUCAGCAAAUGCUUGUCUGAAGUGAUUUAUUUCAAAGUCAAAGUCAAUCCAAAUGUGAUUAAUUCCAAGAGUUUACUCAACGCUAUACUACUGAACAAGUGUUUCAAAGCAAAGUUAUGGUACGACUCCACACAAGUGGCCAUUCAGUUGAACCGAAUCGGACAGAAAUACUCAAAGGCUUUGGUUGAGAGGGGACUCAUUGGCUUCAAUCACAUCAAAAAUGCCGAUCCAAGAGAUCUGGAAUUUUGCCUCAAAAGAAACCCACCGUUUGGGCGCCAAUUGAUUGAAGAGGUCAAACAUUUGCCGUAUUAUUCGCUGACAAUCGAACAGAAUAUGAAUAAAGGGCUUAAGAGUAGUGAAGCAAUGGUUAGAUUAGUGGCAAAACUGGAGAAUAUAGAGCUUCUGAGGGAAAGACUAGUUUUGGUUCAAAAUCACUGCUGUUUCCUAAUUGUAUGCAAUGAAGACAACCAAUUGUUUUAUUGCAAUAAACUCUUUGACUCGCAUUUAAUUAAAAAUAAUGGAGUUUUCGAGACCAGAGACAUAGCAAUUAAUCGCAACGACAGGAGUGUAUACAUAAGGGCUCAUCUCAUUAGCGAUUCAUUCGUGGGUCUGGACGUCGAGUGUAGGCUUAAGCCAGUGUUUGCCAACACUGCAGAUGCAGAUGCCUUCCGUCCGACAGCUGAUCCAAAUCGGGCCAACCGUUCGACUGCUUUCUCAGACACAUCGUGGGAAUCGAGCGACAGGAGUGAGAGUGAGGGCUGUUGUCAACACAAAUGCUUCAAUAAAAGUACUUGUCUUCACAUCUGUUGCAAGAAAGGCUUAAACACUGACAGCGCUCAUAGCAAACAGGUCACAAAAAAUAAAAGGCAACAAAAUGCAGGCGAAAAGACUGACAACUCGGCAAAAAAGCCCAAACAAUGCAAACCUAACNGAUGGCUAUGCAUUGAGACAUGA